UUAGCGGGAAAUUUUCUAUUUGUACCGACAUUCAUGUAGCCAACAUCACCACGCCAAACAAACAAAUAAUAUUCAUGUUGUGUUGCUCUUUAUUACUAAAUUCUUUGUUUAAAUAUUUUCGGUACAUUUCUCAUGUUAUCAUCUUUUCGUUACCAAACUUUCCCUGCCUUAAAUUCCCUCAAAAUGAAAAUAAACGUCAAAAGAUUCCCUAACAAGUAUUGGUACCCCUGGAAAACAAGGUUAAUAAAAAGUGUCAGUUGAUUAGACCACUCAGCUUUUAAAAAAGUGAUUUAAAGCUAUAGAAAAGUUCUGUGAUAGUUAAUUUGAUGGUAUAUAACGUAAAUAACCCCCCCACAACCGGCACCAUGUCAAACAAAUACGAACCCUUGAAACACCACGCGGAAAACUCGGACAGUGGCAGUGGUGACGACGAAGUGGGGCCCUACAUAACUGAUUUGGGAGCUAUCGAGUAUCCUCCUGGUGAACAUCGAUUACAACAUCCGUACUGUUUGUGGUUCUCCAAGAGGCCGUCACAGGUGCAGGGCUCACAAGGCUAUAGCCAGGCUUUGCGGCUGGUGGGACAGGUGGGCACCGUGGAGCAGUGGUGGGCUCUGUACACACACAUCGUCCGUUUGCAGGACAUCCCGGCCCACCGCGAUCUGCACCUCUUCAAGAAGGGCAUCAAGCCCAUGUGGGAGGACGCCGCCAAUAAAAAGGGCGGCAAAUGGGUGAUCCGUCUACGGAAGGAGCAAGCGGGUCGCGCGUGGGAAAACUUAUGCAUGGCAAUGCUCGGCGAGCAGUUUAUGGCCGGAAACGAGAUCUGCGGUGUGGUGGUCUCCACCAGGUAUCAGGAAUAUCUCUUGAGUAUAUGGAACAGAACAGCAGCGGAUCAAGCGACGACGGCCAGGAUUAGGGAUGCGCUGAAAAGACUGCUUAAUAUUCCGGCGAGUGCCACCAUGGAGUACAAAACACAUAAUGAUUGUCUUAAGGCGUCUAAAAAUAUACCGAAUAAUGUACUAAAGAGUUGAUGUCAGAGAGGGAGGAGUUAAGAUUGGUUGUUUUAUGAAUUGACGGCGUUGUAUUCAGAUUAUUGAAUUGUCAACGUGUUUGAGUCUGAGUUGCAUAAAAUUCAAAAAGUUGAAGACUAUUUGUUUUAUUGUUUCCCGUUUCCUG